CUUCUGCACCAUUUGUAGUGUUGCGAAGGAUUAAUACAGGUCAUGAUAUUGCACCAAUGAAAAAGAUUUUGAAAAGAUCCACAAUUUGCUGCUGUCUCGGAUUAUAUACGGGAUCUCCGUGUUCUUACGCAUUUCGACCUCCUCCAAUCUCGGAAGAAAUUGGCUGCAGUCCUACCCUGGCAAUCUUUCUCAAAGAGGAUUGCCACUUUUUCGACCCAUUAGCACUGGCAAACGAUGACAAUUUCUCUCGAUUCCGGGAAAGUGAAUUGAAACAUGGACGAAUUGCUAUGUUGGCCGUGGUGGAAUCCAUUGUCACGCCUUUGCUACGGAAAUCAACUGACUGGGUGCCAAAGAAGUUGCCCGACAGCAUUUUGAAGAAGUUCCAGAUCCUCAACGCCGAGGACAUUGUAAGGGUUGUGGUGUUGUGUGGCAUACUCGAAACACUGGUUUUUGUCCAACGAGACCCCAGAGACAUGCCGGGGGAUUACGCUACUGGAUACUUCUUUGUUCGAGACAAGGCUCUGAACGAGCGCAAAUUGACGGUCGAGCUAGAAAAUGGUCGGCUUGCCAUGAUUGCUUUUGUAGGUCAAAUUGCGGCAGAGUUUGCAACCGAUCAAUUGAGCUGGGAAGAGCAGUGGCGCGGGAUCCUGAAAGGAUGGCUGGAUGCAGUCUGAAAAUUGCCCGGAAACCAUGGGUUGCGCGCGUCAUCCGUUUGCACCUGAGAUUGGCAUUUUGCCACUCUUUUUUCUUAAACC